UUAAAAAACCUCAAAACUUAAACCCUAGCCACCGUCCGAAGCGAGAGAUUCUUCCCCUCGAUGGCAUUCGCCGGCAGCGGCGACGACUCGGCGCAGGACUAUUCCGCGAAGGCCACCGCGGUGCCCUUCGACCCGCCGCUCCCUCUCCUCCGCGCGCCCGUCCGCUUCCCGGCACCGAGCGGCGAGGACCCCGUCCUUGCCUUCCGCGACGCCGCCAGCUGGCGAGCUGCCUGGGAGGCCGCCGAGGCUAGCCUCGUCUCUCAGUGUGAGGUUGGUGCACGAUCAGGGUGCUCAAUCGGUGCAUCACGCAAAUGCAAGCCUCCCUGGUGGAAAGGCUUAUUUGUAGCUGCCCCGACUGAUUAUGAAGAAAGAGAGAGAUGUGAAGAGCGAGAGAUGGCUGCUUGUCUCGAAGCAGCAAAGGAGGCUUGCAUCAAGUUUGCAAAGGGAAAGUGCACUGGACCAUUCGGAGAUGCAAGGAUUGCCUCUGAGGGUCUCCUGGAAAAUACAGACUUUGAUGUCUGGGGCGCUGCCGUUGACAAAAGUUCCUCAACGUCAGGGUGUGCUCUGAACAAUCGGCAGUCGUUUAGCCCUGAUCCCGGUGUGACAAACUACAGAGGAAGUGAUGUGCUUGAUAGCUUGUCAUCAAAAGAAAACAACAGAUCUGGAUGAUGAUUGCCAAAGGCGUUGCUAUGGUGAAGACAUCGCCAUGGAUUUCAGAAUCAGACUGAAUAAUCAAAUAAUGACAUACAUGAGGUCUGAUGGUGGUGGUUUUAUGUCAUGCUUGCAGAUCUGUUACCGAAGCAGUCCAGUUAUUGGGGAAGGUGAAAGAAAUAAUUUUUGGGAAUGAAUACAGAAGAUUAAUAAAGAGAAGAAAAUACUAGAGGCCUGGUGGCCGAGAGCAAUCUGGUGCUUUUGGGAUUGUUUCAGAUCACUGGACGAAUCUGGCAAUAGUACAUUUGUGAUGUGCUCAAUACAGGAGUAUGUACAUAACGGUUAGGUUAUGAAGGAUUGAUUUAUCUGCAGAGGUUCAGUUCCAUAGAACUCGUUGCAGUAUUCCUUUCAGAGUUCCAGUGCAAUUUGUUAAAAGUGAAUGUAAAUGAACAGUGAUUUUGGGAACAACUAGUGUCUUUCAUUGAUCUCAUAGAAUAUAUACAAGUGAA